AUGCCAGGAGGAGGGGGGCAAGGCGUCUUUGUCAUCAACAAAAACGCCAAGCGGGACCAGGGGCGCAAGGCACAGCUGACAAACAUCCAGGCAGGGAAGACAGUGGCCGGCAUUGUGCGAACAACGCUUGGGCCAAGAGCCAUGUUGAAGAUGCUGCUGGAUCCCAUGGGCGGCAUUGUGAUGACUAACGAUGGCAAUGCUAUCUUGCGAGAGGUGGAUGUCUCGCACCCAGCAGCCAAGAACAUGAUCGAGCUGAGCCGAGCGCAGGACGAGGAAGUCGGUGAUGGCACGACCUCGGUCAUUAUCCUUGCCGGGGAGCUUUUGGGAGUGGCAGAGCCACUCAUUGAAAAGAAACUGCACCCAACUCUCAUUGUGUCAGGCUACAUGAAGGCCCUAGAAGAUGCACAGACUUUGCUGAAGGAGCUCGCGUAUCCAGUAGACCUCGAGCAUCCGGAGGCCCUGCGGGAAAUUGUACGCGGGUCGAUCGACACAAAAUUUGCGAGCAGGUUCGGCACUUUGAUCUCUGACUUGGCCAUAAAGGCAGUCAAGACGGUUUGCAUCGUCAAGCCUGACGGCCGCAAGGAAAUCGAUGUCAAGCGAUUCGCAAAAGUUGAGAAGAUUCAGGGCGGUGAGCUCACCGACUGUCAGGUGCUCGAUGGUGUGAUGUUCAACAAAGACAUUACGCACCCGCGGAUGAGACGUGAAAUUAGGAAUCCGCGUGUCGUGCUGCUGGAUUGCCCACUUGAGUACAAGAAGGGUGAGAGUCAGACGAACGUGGAGAUCACGAAAGAAGCAGAUUGGGAGAAGCUGCUGCAGCAAGAAGAGGAAGAAAUGAGGAGAGUCUGCGAUGACAUCCUCAAGGUUAAGCCAGACCUGGUCAUCACUGAGAAGGGUGUUUCAGAUCUGGCACAGCACUUCCUCAUGAAGGGCGGGGUGUCCGUGAUUCGCCGGAUUCGAAAGACAGACAACCUUCGGAUCGCCAGAGUCACCGGGGCCCAUAUCUGCAACCGAACGGAGGAGCUGCAGGAGUCCAUGGUUGGAACAAAGUGUGGGCGAUUCAAGGUCAGCAAGGUUGGGGAAGAGUACUUCACCUACUUGACAGAGUGCCAGGAUCCCAAAGCCUGUACAAUCGUCCUGCGUGGUGCCACAAGGGACGUCCUCAACGAAAUCGAGAGGAACCUGCAGGAUGCCUUUGCCGUAGCUCGCAACAUCAUCCUCGAACCGUUGCUCUUGCCCGGUGGCGGAGCCGUAGAGAUGGAAUUGGCAGCGAGGCUGAAGGAGAAAUCAAAGAGCAUCGAGGGUAGCCGCCAGUAUGCCUACAAGGCCGUUGGCGAAGCCCUGGAGGUAAUCCCUCGCAGUUUGGCACACAACUGCGGUGCUGAUGUGGUGCGGGCGAUGACAGACUUGCGAGCCCGACAUGCUGCGACAGGAAAUGCCCACAUCGGCAUAGACGGAAAGACGGGCAAGGUCGCUGACGUGAAGGUGCUCAGCAUCUUUGACACCUUCGCCGUCAAGCAGCAGACGCUGAGGACGUCUAUUGAAGCGGCAGCGAUGCUGUUACGUAUCGACGACAUCAUCUCCGGCAUCAGCAAGAAGAAGCGGGAUGACAAGCCAUCGGCUGUCAUGGGUGCUGAUGACGAAACCUUUGGCGAUUCGCGAGACGGCAAGAUUCUGCGCUGCGGGGAUGCAAUCGCAACUGCUUUGGUCGCGGCCAACGCACACUGUCCUGCUGCAGUGUGCUGCUUGAAGGCUGGAGAUGCUGAGAGGGCGGAGAUGUGGUUCGCAGACAUGGAGGCUGCUGGCUUCAAGCACGACCUGCAGGCUUACAACAUCAUGAUGAAUGUCUACGCUGUAUGCGGUGCAGUGGAUUCCGUGGACGAGGUGCUGGAGACAAUGAGCACGAACGCGUGCCUGCCUGACGAGUACACGCUUUCGUCAGCAAUCCGCUCGUGUGAACGCAGAGCGGACGUGCAGCGGGCCGAAGCUUAUGUGCGGCAGAUGUCUCGGCUGGGGGUGUUGCCGAACCAUGCCGUGUACAACGCAUUGCUCGAGGUGUGUGCUGCUGCCGGCGACGUGGCAGGUGCUUCGAAUGUGCUCGCGGAUAUGCAGAACCAGAGUGUUCGCAAAGAUACCGUCAUCUACAACACGGCCUUGUCCGUAGCGGCAAAGGCUGGCGCCUCGCAGAUUGCCGCGAGGUGGUUCCAUCAAAUGACCUCUGCAGGACUGCAGCCGGACGCACACUCCCAUGCAGCUGUGAUGGGUGCAUAUCUGGCAAGCAACGACCGCGCACAGGCUGAAAACUGGCUGCAAAAGACAGUUCAGGAUGGCCUACAAAGCACGGCGCUCUUCAACAGCAUGGUUGAUGCUUACGGCAAAGCUGGCGAUCUCAAAGCUGCAGUGGCGACAUUCGAUACGAUGAGGGGCUCGGCAGUGCUGCCCAACAAGACCAGCUACAACAUUCUUAUCAAUGCAUGUGCUCAGGCAGGGGAGAUGCGGACAGCCGUAAAGACAAUGACUGAAAUGCGUCGACAAGAACUGCGCCCAGACACCAUCACGUACACAUCUGUCAUUGCUGGGCUCGCCGGUCUUGGAAAUACCAAACUGGCCGAGGAAUGGCUGGACAACAUGCGCCGUCGUGACUGCGAGCCGAACGAGGUGACCUUCGGUACGAUUUUGAGUUCGUGCGAGAAGCGACACAGGGUGCAGGUAGCAGAACGCAUGUGGACCAAAAUGGUUAGUUGGAAUAUGCGGCCUAAUAUCGUCCAUUUCAACACGUUCAUGAACAUCUAUGCGGCUGCUCGACAGCCAGCAAAGGCAGAGGGCAAGUUCAAUGACAUGGUGCGUGGAAGACAAAUGCCGGAUAUUCGGAGCUUUGGAUCACUAAUCAAGGCCGCUGGACGUGUGCCAGACGUGUCGCGGGCACACCUCUGGCUGGAGCGUGCAAGCAGUGCGGGUGAAGGACUAGAUGCUCGCGCAUUUGCCUCAAUGCUAGCGGCGUGUGCCCAGGUGGGUGAUGUCCAACGAAGCCGAGGAAUCUUAAAGGAGAUGGAAAAACGCGGCAUUGCAAAGACUGUUGUCACUUUCACCACGCUUGCUCGGACCUGCGCUAUGGCUGGAGAUCUCAAAGAGGCAGAAAAAAUGAUAGAUUCCAUGAGAGAUGCAAACAUAUCACCAAGCUCAUUGACAAUCAAUGCAAUGAUGACGGCUUGUGACAACGUGCAGCAGCCUUUGUCAGCAGAUCUCUGGUUCUUACGAUUGGUUGCUCGUGGAGCCGAAGUGGAAAUAGUUGGUUCGAACAGUUUGCUGCAGGCAUGGGUCAGAACAGAUCCUCGGCGGAUCGAAGCCUGGCUUGGGAGACUAGAGUUCGUUGGAGUGAUGCCCGAUGUUAUCUCCUUCAAUGUGCUGAUGAACUCGGCGGCUUUUGUGCUUGACAAGGACCUGGCUCUAGAGGCCUGGGCAAGACUUCGGGCUGCCAAUUUGCGGCCAACCCUCGGCAGCUAUCGAGCUGUGUCGAAGAUCUUGGCGAGGUUUGGCGAUUAUAAGCAGCUUUCGGAGAUUCUUGACGCUGCGGCCAAGUUGCGACCGCGAGAUUUCUUCUGCGAGCGUGCCUUUCUAAGUGCAUGCGCGAAUGCCAACCCGAAGGCAGCCAAAGAAGCAGAAGAGGCCUUCUUGGCCUCGCAGCACCUUCUGCGAGACGAUGCUCUCGCCAAUCGAGCACUACGAUUGGCUGUGGGGGAUGCACGGUAUUUGGAGCUCAGCAAGAGGAUGAACUUGCCCGAGCGCCAGAGUAGCCAAAGCACCACCACCAGGGCUGACACACACACUUCCAGAGAAGGAAGCCACGCGAUUGCGACACUGGCAGGUGAGAUGAAAAGGUCUCCCAAAGUCCAGUUUGUGUUGUGUAAGGCAGCUACACACUUCGCCAAUUUUUCAGAGGUGGCCGUCAGGUCACCACCGGACGAUAAGCGACAGGAGAAUGGUAGACGGUCGAAAGGCCCCAAGCCACGGCCAGCACGCCCUGCCGUGGUGCUUUCGAGCGCCCCAGAGUCUUUACUUCGUGUUCCUGGAGCUCCUGCCCCGAUCACUGCAGGCAAAGACCACAGGCUUGGCCUGCGGGCACGAUUACGGCCUGGAUUGAGCUAG